AUGAAGAAUUCUUAUAUAUUGUGUAGCACUGAAUCAAACAAAAUAAAUACAAAGACUGAGUUGUUAGAUAUCAAACAAAAGGAAAAUAUCGAACAUAUAGACAAUUUGAAACAAAUAAGAAGAAAAAAAAAAAAAAAAAGUGAAACAAAUAUAAACAAAACAACAAAUAUUACUAUAAAUACAGAAAAGAGAAAAUUACGGAACAAUACUUCUUCGAAUGUGAAAAAAAGCUUGAAAUGUUAUACUGAAAAUAAUAAUUCAAAAAAAGGUAAAAAAUAUUUAGAACUUGAUAUUGGAAAAAAUAGUACUAAUUCCAAAAUAGUUAUUCAUGAAAAUGAAAAUAAUAUAAAAUUAUUAUCAGAGGAAAUUAAAAUGUUACAAAAAUUAAAAAAAAAAAAAAAAGUUAAAGAAAAAAAUAAUCAAGAAAAAUUAAAAAAGGAAAAUUCUUAUAAUAAAAUUAAAGUCUUAAAAAAUACAUGUGAAAGAAAUUCUUUAUCAAAAGCGAAGAAGGAAACAGAAAUAGAUUCGAAUCUUUUAAAAUUAACUUCUUUAAAUAUACAGGAAAAAGAUAAUAGUAUAGAUAUGAACAAAUCUAAAACUGUCAAUCAAAUUCAUAUAGAUACAAAUUUGAUAAAGAAAAAAAAAAAUAAUUCUAGUUUUUGUUUCAUCGAGUCUAAACAAACAAAAAAUAAUAAAAUGCCACACAUUUAUAAUAAUAAUGUACUUUGUGAAUUUACAGAAGUAAAAAAUAGUAAUACUAUGAAGCAAAAUACUAAUGGCAAUUUACAACGUUGCCACAAUACCAAAGAAUAUGAAUUAUAUCAAAAUCCUACGAAAUUAGAAGUAGUAAAUCUUGAUACAAAUAAAUAUGAUGAUAUAAAACAAUCAACAAAACAUUUAGAAAAUAAAAUUACUAAAAAUACUAAAAUGAAAUUUAGCCAAAGCAUAAAUUCAUCAUUCAUAAGUAAUGCAAUAAAAGAACAUCCAAAAAUCAAACUCUACAAUAAGAAAAAAAAGAUAAAAAUUAGUAAUGAAGUUAAGGAAACACAAUAUGUAGAAGAAAGUCGUAGAAAAAAAAUGAAGGUUUCUUUAGUUGAGGAAAAGAAAAAAAAAAAGGGUGUAACGAGGAAAGAAAGAAGCAUGAAAAAGAGAAAAGAGAAUGUAAAAGAAAAAGAGAAGGAUGAAGAAAAAGAAGGAAAAAUAAAAAUAAACAUAUAUAAAAAUAAGAAGAAAAAACGAAAAAAAAAAGAAGAAAAAGAGAUAAAAGAAAAUAUUCAUAUAGAAAUACAAAGACGUAAAAAAAAAAAAGACAUGAAAGAACAUGAACAAAAGGAAAAAAAAGAUGAAAUGAAAAUUGAAAAAGAAAAAGAAAUAAAAGAAUAUGAACAAGAGGAAAAAAAAGAUGAAAUGAAAAUUGAAAAAGAAAAAGAAAGUGAUGAAGAAAGAAAAAGAGAGAAAAAAAGAGAGAAGGAACAAGAAAAAGAAUUAAAAAGAGAAAUGGAAAACAAAGAAAAAAAACAAAAAGAAUAUAAAAAUUUAAUUAAAAAAGAAAAUAUAAAUGAAAAUGAAAAUAUAAAUGAAAAUGAAAAUAUAAAUGAAAAUGAAAAUACAAAAGAAAAUGAAAAUAUAAAUAAAAAUGAGAAUAUAAAUGAAAAUGAAAACGUAAAUGAUAAUAUAAAUAAAAAUGAAAAUAUAAAUGAAAAUGAAAACGUAAAUGAUAAUAUAAAUAAAAAUGAAAAUAUAAAUGAAAAUGAAAACUUAAAUGAAAAUAUAAAUAAAAGUGAAAACAUAAAUGAAGAAGAAAAGGAGAAACAGGAUAAUAACGAAAAUAAUAAAGAAAAAGAGCAAAUGGAAAAAAAAGAAGUGAACGAAAUAGAAGAUGAAAAAGUAAAAAUAAAUAUAAAAAAAAAAAUUAAAACAAAAAUGAAACUAAAACAAAAAGAAAAAAAAAUAAAAAAAGAACAGAAUAAAAAAAUAACAGAAAAGGAAAAAAUUGAAAAUAAAGGGGAAGGAAAUAUCGUAAAACAUAAAAAUAAAAUAGAUGAUUACACAUUUGAAGAAAACAGUGAAAUAUUAAAAAGCUAUUCUAAAGAUGAAUAUAAAAACAGUGAAGUUGAUAGAAUAUUGAAAAAAUAUUUAGAUUUAAAAAAAGAAGAAAAUUUACAAAAGACACCCUUUGAUUCAUUUGACAAUAUUUUAGAUAUAAAAGAAAAAAAAUUUAAAAUAGAUACGAUUAAUUUCUUCGCAAAUACUGAAACUGAAGCAUAUUUUUAUGAUAUUUUAUUUUUUUUUGAUUCUUAUGAAAAAAAAAAAAAAAUUAGUGAGAAUGUGAUCAAAUUACUUCAAAAAUUGUUUAAAUGCGAAUAUUUUGAUUUAGAAGGUAUUCAAUUAGUAAUACAAAUAUUUGAUAAAAUUAUAAAAAAAAUGAAAAAGGAAAUUAAAAUUCAGCAUAUAAAAAGAUAUUUUGGUGAUGAGAAUAUAUUUGAAUUAAAUAAUACUGAAAAUAAAAAUAAAAAUUCUAAUAAAUAUUUUGACAAAAAUAAAACAUUUAACAACGGAAAAAUGAAUUUAUCAGAUAUAACGGAAAGUAAUAAAAUAAAAUUUAAUAACUAUGAAAGAAAUAAAAUGUAUAAUAUAUUUUUUAGUUAUCAAAAAGCACCUACAAAACCAUAUCCUUUAAAUAUAUUUCAAGAAUGGAAUGAUCAAAAUAAAUUAUCUCUCUUAAGAGAUAAACUAGAAGAAAUAAAAAAAAGAAAACUCUUAUCAAAUACUCCUUUGUCUCAUAUUAAUUCACUCAAGAAAAAUUUUACGUGUAAUAUUUUUCGUAUGUGUUAUUCAAAAAAAGACAAUUUCCAUAAUUAUGAAUUUGAAUUUCCUCCAAAUAAUUUAUAUACAAAAAAAUAUUCCAGUAUUCUAGAAAGACAAAAAAUAUACCCUAAUAAUAGAUAUAAUUAUUCCUUGAAGAUAGGAGAAGCAUUACAAGUUUUAGUGUCAAAAUAG